AUGCGAGGACGCUCAGAUAUUGCUAAUAUAGGGGGGGCCUGUAACGCGAAACGGAACGUGCGUCGUCGCGUCAUGUCACCGCUCUCAGGUGCUCCUGAACCUCCACUGCCGUGGGAUGGUGUACGUAAUGCUACGGUACAUGGAAACGUUUGUCCUCAAUUUAGCAUUCUCCUUAAUACAUACAUACCUGGUAGCGAAGAUUGUCUGUUCCUAAAUGUUUACACACCAUUAUUACCGCCGACCUCUCUGUUACCGGUCAUGUUUUUUAUUCACGGAGGCGGUUACGCAUUCGGUUCUGGCGAUGAUGAUUACAGCGGACCAGAUUUUCUAAUGCCAUACGGUGUGGUUCUGGUGACGAUAAAUUAUAGACUUGACUAUCUCGGGUUCAUGUGCUUAGAUAGUGAAGAAGUGCCCGGAAAUGCGGGUAUGAAAGAUCAAGUGGCCGCGCUAAGAUGGGUACAAAGGAAUAUAGAAAACUUUGGUGGAGAUCCGAACAAGGUGACCAUCUUUGGGGAAAGCGCGGGAUCUUCUUCAGUGACUCUACAAGCACUGUCACCGAUGUCGAAGGGGCUGUUCCAUAGAGUCAUAGGAACGAGUGGAGUGCCAAUAACCGAUUUCACGAUUGCGUUUGAACAAAGACGAAGGGCCUUUGCACUCGGUAAAAAGCUUGGCUGCGAGACCACGGAUCCUUCAGAGCUCUUAAAAUGUCUGCAAACCGUGUCCGUCGAACAACUGAUCAAAACCGAAGUUACUAUUUUAGCAGCGGAAGAGUACAUUCAGACUUCGAACAGAGUUCGCUUCACUGUGCCAGUCGUGGAAAAAGAUUUUGGUCAAGAAAGAUUUUUGACAGAACCACCCCUUACUUCAGUUAAGAAAGGACGGAAUGAAGUGGACAUGUUACUAGGGUUCAAUUCUAACGAGGGAAUAGUAAUAACGCUUUUUGAAAACACGUCUUUUAUCGCAGAUUAUGAUAAAUUCCCAGAAGUUUUAGCGCCAAGAGAUAUGCUCUAUCUAACAACGCAUGAAGUCCAAUUGGAAAUAGCAGAUGCUAUAAGACAAUACUACACUGGAUCACCUUCGAAGUCUCUAAAUACCAUACCGUUGUUUGCAAAAUAUACUACGGAUCUUUUUAUUAUACCCGUCCUUAGAUACACAAUGCAUUUAACCAAGGCGAAAGGGAACGGUGACGUGUAUUUGUUCCAAUUUUCAAGUGUGUCUGAACGGAAUGUUAUAAGUCAAGGAGGCGCGAAAUAUGGAUUAACAGGAGUGGCACACAGUGAUGACCUCAUGUAUAUGUUUUACUCAAAUGCUAUCAACCUACCCAUCGAUAAGAAUUCCACUUCCUACAAAAUGAUACAACAGCUGUGUUCCUUGCUCACUAACUUCGCGAAAUUCGGGAAUCCUACCCCAGCUGAUUCAUCGCUCGGCGUGACCUGGCCGCCAUACGAUCACAGUUCCAAAGCAUACUUGGACGUCGGAGAGGGUUUGACACUUUUAUCCAAACCAAGGGCAUCUGCAGUAGAAUUCUGGAAGAACAUUUAUAAACUAGCAGGAAACAAUGUAUCCAGUAUUAUAGUGCCUGUGGAACAGGGAUUGUUGGAAGGAGAACAAAAAUGGACAGUUACGGGAGAUACAUCGUUUUAUUCUUUUAAAGGCAUCCCGUACGCAGCGCCGCCUACUGGAGAAAAGAGGUUUAAGGCUCCUGAACCUCCACUGCCGUGGGAUGGUGUACGUAAUGCUACGGUACAUGGAAACGUUUGUCCUCAAUUUAGCAUUCUCCUUAAUACAUACAUACCUGGCAGCGAAGAUUGUCUGUUCGUAAAUGUUUACACACCAUCAUUACCGCCGACCUCUCUGUUACCGGUCAUGUUUUUUAUUCACGGAGGCGGUUACUCAUUCGGUUCUGGCGAUGAUGAUUACAGCGGACCAGAUUUUCUAAUGCCAUACGGUGUGGUUCUGGUGACGAUAAAUUAUAGACUUGACUAUCUCGGGUUCAUGUGCUUAGAUAGUGAAGAAGUGCCCGGAAAUGCGGGUAUGAAAGAUCAAGUGGCCGCGCUAAGAUGGGUACAAAGGAAUAUAGAAAACUUUGGUGGAGAUCCGAACAAGGUGACCAUCUUUGGGGAAAGCGCGGGAUCUUCUUCAGUGACUCUACAAGCACUGUCACCGAUGUCGAAGGGGCUGUUCCAUAGAGUCAUAGGAACGAGUGGAGUGCCAAUAACCGAUUUCACGAUUGCGUUUGAACAAAGACGAAGGGCCUUUGCACUCGGUAAAAAGCUUGGCUGCGAGACCACGGAUCCUUCAGAGCUCUUAAAAUGUCUACAAACCGUGUCCGUCGAACAACUGAUCAAAACCGAAGUUACUAUUUUAGCAGCGGAAGAGUACAUUCAGACUUCGAACAGAGGUCGCUUCACUGUGCCAGUCGUGGAAAAAGAUUUUGGUCAAGAAAGAUUUUUGACAGAACCACCCCUUACUUCAGUUAAGAAAGGACGGAAUGAAGUGGACAUGUUACUAGGGUUCAAUUCUAACGAGGGAAUAGUAAUAACGCUUUUUGAAAACACGUCUUUUAUCGCAGAUUAUGAUAAAUUCCCAGAAGUUUUAGCGCCAAGAGAUAUGCUCUAUCUAACAACGCAUGAAGUCCAAUUGGAAAUAGCAGAUGCUAUAAGACAAUACUACACUGGAUCACCUUCGAAGUCUCUAAAUACCAUACCGUUGUUUGCAAAAUAUACUACGGAUCUUUUUAUUAUACCCGUCCUUAGAUACACAAUGCAUUUAACCAAGGCGAAAGGGAACGGUGACGUGUAUUUGUUCCAAUUUUCAAGUGUGUCUGAACGGAAUGUUAUAAGUCAAGGAGGCGCGAAAUAUGGAUUAACAGGAGUGGCACACAGUGAUGACCUCAUGUAUAUGUUUUACUCAAAUGCUAUCAACCUACCCAUCGAUAAGAAUUCCACUUCCUACAAAAUGAUACAACAGCUGUGUUCCUUGCUCACUAACUUCGCGAAAUUCGGGAAUCCUACCCCAGCUGAUUCAUCGCUCGGCGUGACCUGGCCGCCAUACGAUCACAGUUCCAAAGCAUACUUGGACGUCGGAGAGGGUUUGACACUUUUAUCCAAACCAAGGGCAUCUGCAGUAGAAUUCUGGAAGAACAUUUAUAAACUAGCAGGAAACAAUGUAUCCAGUAUUAUAGUGCCUGUGGAACAGGGAUUGUUGGAAGGAGAACAAAAAUGGACAGUUACGGGAGAUACAUCGUUUUAUUCUUUUAAAGGCAUCCCGUACGCAGCGCCGCCUACUGGAGAAAAGAGGUUUAAGGCUCCUGAACCUCCACUGCCGUGGGAUGGUGUACGUAAUGCUACGGUACAUGGAAACGUUUGUCCUCAAUUUAGCAUUCUCCUUAAUACAUACAUACCUGGCAGCGAAGAUUGUCUGUUCGUAAAUGUUUACACACCAUCAUUACCGCCGACCUCUCUGUUACCGGUCAUGUUUUUUAUUCACGGAGGCGGUUACGCAUUCGGUUCUGGCGAUGAUGAUUACAGCGCACCGGAUUUUCUAAUGCCAUACGGUGUGGUUCUGGUGACGAUAAAUUAUAGACUUGACUAUCUCGGGUUCAUGUGCUUAGAUAGUGAAGAAGUGCCCGGAAAUGCGGGUAUGAAAGAUCAAGUGGCCGCGCUAAGAUGGGUACAAAGGAAUAUAGAAAACUUUGGUGGAGAUCCGAACAAGGUGACCAUCUUUGGGGAAAGCGCGGGAUCUUCUUCAGUGACUCUACAAGCACUGUCACCGAUGUCGAAGGGGCUGUUCCAUAGAGUCAUAGGAACGAGUGGAGUGCCAAUAACCGAUUUCACGAUUGCGUUUGAACAAAGACGAAGGGCCUUUGCACUCGGUAAAAAGCUUGGCUGCGAGACCACGGAUCCUUCAGAGCUCUUAAAAUGUCUACAAACCGUGUCCGUCGAACAACUGAUCAAAACCGAAGUUACUAUUUUAGCAGCGGAAGAGUACAUUCAGACUUCGAACAGAGGUCGCUUCACUGUGCCAGUCGUGGAAAAAGAUUUUGGUCAAGAAAGAUUUUUGACAGAACCACCCCUUACUUCAGUUAAGAAAGGACGGAAUGAAGUGGACAUGUUACUAGGGUUCAAUUCUAACGAGGGAAUAGUAAUAACGCUUUUUGAAAACACGUCUUUUAUCGCAGAUUAUGAUAAAUUCCCAGAAGUUUUAGCGCCAAGAGAUAUGCUCUAUCUAACAACGCAUGAAGUCCAAUUGGAAAUAGCAGAUGCUAUAAGACAAUACUACACUGGAUCACCUUCGAAGUCUCUAAAUACCAUACCGUUGUUUGCAAAAUAUAAUACGGAUCUUUUUAUUAUACCCGUAAUUAGAUACACAACGCAUUUAACCAAGGCGAAAGGGAACGGUGAUGUGUAUUUGUUCCAAUUUUCAAGUGUGUCUGAACGGAAUGUUAUAAGUCAAGGAGGCGCGAAAUAUGGAUUAACAGGAGUGGCACACAGUGAUGACCUCAUGUAUAUGUUUUACUCAAAUGCUAUCAACCUACCCAUCGAUAAGAAUUCCACUUCCUACAAAAUGAUACAACAGCUGUGUUCCUUGCUCACUAACUUCGCGAAAUUCGGGAAUCCUACCCCAGCUGAUUCAUCGCUCGGCGUGACCUGGCCGCCAUACGAUCACAGUUCCAAAGCAUACUUGGACGUCGGAGAGGGUUUGACACUUUUAUCCAAACCAAGGGCAUCUGCAGUAGAAUUCUGGAAGACCAUUUAUAAACUAGCAGGACUAAAAUUUUAA